CAUAUUAAAUUUAUAACUCAUUUUAGUUUUGUAUAUGUAGAAUUUUCUCUAGUAAUUAGGAGGCGCAAUUCAGAGAGAUCAGAAAUGAGAAUUUCUUCCAUGGAAGCGGAAAAGGUGGUGGUGGUUAUCCAGGAUGCUUCAAGAGAAAUUAAUGCAACCACUUUACAUUUUAUGAGGUGGGCAUUGGAUGGUUUGCCGCUUAACCGUGGUGAUAAGCCUAUCCUCCUUGUUCUUCUUCACGAGGUUAACACCCCUUUGGGAUAUAAAAGCAAAAUUGAUUCCAAUUCUAUUUUUGGAGCCAAUCAGAAAAUCAUCCGUGCAGAAGUAACAAGGAUUAAGAAAGAGUAUAAAAACCAUGCCGAGCUUAUUCAUAUUUCUAAGCUGUACCGAGAACGAAAGGUAAAAAUUCGUAUGAGGUUGGCCAAAGGACCUUCGCUUAAGGUGGUAGCUACAGAAGCAGCCAAAAAUUUAAAGGCAACAAUGGUGAUUCUUGACAGGAAAAUGAAGAGAGAUAAGAACUACAUGCUUGAUAACCUUCCGUGUGGAAUAUCAAUGAUAAAGAAGAAUAACAUCAUUGAACAAUUAAGAAGAUCAGUAGAAAUUGACAAAUUCUCCACGCAGAAAUGGAGUCAGCAAAGUAUUAGGCUAUCAUAUAAUGAAAUGAUACCAGGAUCCCCAGAUGAAGAUGAUCUUUUUAGCAUUGAACUCUUCCCUAUGAGUAAGAAUUAA